AUGGUGAGGAUGAGCACGGGUCACAUGGAGGGGGACCUGCAGCCUCUCUACCUGCUGCUGACUGACUGUUACAUCUACCUGCUGAGGAAAGGUGAGCGUUUACUGCUCACCACGCUCUCAGAUAAGGCUGAACGAUUUUGGAAAAUAAUCUAAUUGCGAUUUUUUGCCCCCAAUAUUGCGAUUGCGAUUUAAUAUGCGAUUUAAUUUAUUUAUCCUUUUUCCCCUACAAAACAUAAUGAAUGAUUUAAAUAUGACCAACACAAUAGUAUAUACAUUUAGUGUGAAAUGUUCUUUCCCAUAGGCUGGGUCUAUUUGUUAGAAUUAAAUUCAAACAUGUAUGACUUGAAAUAAAUGACAUUUUUAUUGAACUGCUCAUUACAGAAACAUCUGUGGCUUUGCCACUGUGCAUUUAAAUAAUUUAAACAAAGGCAUGAACUUUGUAAACACUGUGUGCAAAAGGUACAGUCUUAAGAAAAAAAUAAUUUUAAAUUGUAUGUAUCUUACUGCUCCCAAGUCAGUAACAUUUCACACAACUGAAACAAGGAAUUUGCUUUGAAAAUAUUUUGUAAAAUCAAAGUAAAUAAAGUUAUAAAUAAAAAAUGAGAAAUGCACUUUUAAUUUAGACAAACUAUUUUUUAUAAACGAUUUGAAUAUUAUAAUAUAAAAUAGAUGAGCCUCACUUAUCUCAAGUACACAACAAUAACACACCACACAGACUAAAGUUCACUACGAGUAUGGCACUGCCAGCCAUACUUAUCCAACAGUUCUGUUCUCAGUGGCUCACAGGUUUUUUGCUAAGAAAACCAGAAUAUUGACUUUUUCUGGCUUCAAGGCUGAGCGAGUGCAAGUCACAAUAUUCCCUCCUGUGCUAAAAAGACGCUCUGAGGGAGCGCUUGUAGCAGGUACACAAAGAUACCUGCUACUUGUCUCCUGAGUGGCGCAGUGGUCUAAGGCACUGCAUCGCAGUGCUAACUGUGUCACUAGAGAUCCUGGUUCGAAUCCAGGCUCUGUCGCAGCCGGCCGCGACCGGGAGACUCAUGGGCGGCGCACAAUUGGCCCAGCGUCGUCCAGGGUAGGGGAGGGAAUGGCCGGCAGGGAUGUAGCUCAGUUGAUAGAGCAUGGCGUUUGCAACGCCAGGGUUGUGGGUUCGAUUCCCACAGGGGGCCAGUAUAAAAAAAAAUAUAUAUAUAUAUAUGUAAGUCGCUCUGGAUAAGAGCGUCUGCUAAAUGACUGUAAUGUAAUGUAAUGUAAUGUAAGAUACUUGCGUGCCAUGGUGCACAACUGUGGGUAGCUGAUCUUGUGCACCCUCCACCAAGCCAAUGGAUCAUCUUCUCCAUCAAUGGUAGGAGUCGUCAGGUAAUUGUUUAUCUCUGCCUCUGCGACAUCUUCAAGAUUUACAGGCAAAGAAGGAGAGGCUGAACUGGUCUUGAAAAAAACUGCCAAGAGACCUCUUCGUCUUUUCCCCCAAGGACUGUGCACUUUGAGGCAUCUGAACAGUUUCAGUACGAGACCUCUUCUCCUAUUAGAUGAAAACAACAGCCAUUAGUUUUCCAGUUAGAUUUUACAGAAAAUUUUUGUUUUUGUGAAAUACAUAAUUAUUUACCCAAUGAUAUGUACGUUGUGCCAAGUCUACUAUCUCUGUCUUCAGACGAGUCUUGAUAGCAGGGAUGUUGUCUGUACUGAUGUACUGUAUUUUGAACCUAGGGUCCAGGAAACAGGCAACAUCCAAAAGCUCCUGGAUGUUUGGGUCUCCAUAUUUGUUAUUGAGGUAUGCUAGGACUUUGGUUUUUAUUGAUUUAGUCAGGUCAGUGUCCUCAGCAUCUUCAGCCAGGACUGAUGUGGCAAAAAGGUGGAGAACUGGCUUGAGGUAGGAGAUGCUUACAUACUCCUCUCCAGAAAGAGCAUCAGUAAACUCCAGUAGAGGAUGCAGUGCCUUGUGAAUCGACUCCAACACGUCAAUAUCCUGCCAGGUUGGGAUAAGGGAGCGUGCAUAUCGAUCUCCAGACAAUACCUGAGAAAUGGCUUUGGCCUGUUCAAGCACUCUGGCAAUCAUCAUUUCUUUAGAACCCCAUCUUGUUGGGCACUCCGUUAUGAGGUUGUGCUCAGGGAGUUUGAGCUCUCUCUGUGCCUCCGUCAGGGCUGCUUUCUUCUUCCAACUGUGGGAAAAGUGCCCCACCAGCUUCCUGCACAGUGCUGUUGCCCUUGACACUCUGUCAUCUUUGAGUGCAUUUUCUAAAAGAAAUAAAAAGUAGUGUAUUACACACAAUUUGAGUUUUGAUACAAGGCUCUCACUAUUACACACUCAAAUUAGCUGUAAUUCUGAAAUACACACAUCCACAACACAUCCUCUCUCUCUCUCUCAAUUCAAAGGGUCUUUAUUUGCAUGUCAAUUCUCUCUCUCUUUCUCUCUCUCUCUCUCUCAUAAACACUAAAAAAACAUGUAAAAAACAAAAACAAGAAAAGAAAAAAAAUGCAGGUGGGCAUUCCACCACAGACAGACAUAUGAUAUAAGCAAGUAAAAUGAAUUUACAUAUUAGAAAAGGAGUGGAAGUAUGAAUUUAUUUAAUCCCAUCCGAUUUAUAUAAUAUCAUUUAUAUAUAUUUGUAUAUUCAGCUUUACUAAUCGACGCAUCUCUCUCUCUCGCACUCGCGCGCACACACACACACACACACACACACACACAAACACACACACACACACACACACACACACACACACACACACACACACACACACACACGAUAACUUACCAAUGGCAAGAUGUAAUCUGUGGCCAAAACAUUGGAGCCUCGUCCAUUCAUUAAGCCGCGCAGCAAGCACCAUAUUCGACGCGUUGUCCGUCGUGAUGCAGACGUGAUUCUCCUCGUGGAGAUCCCAGCUGACAAGCCCUUCUCUCAGGCCGGCUGCAAUAUUUUCCCCUGUGUGAUCGUCUGGGAAGUAGGUAGUUUGUAGGCAGCGAGCUCGGAGGUUGAAAUCUUCAUCAAUAAAAUGGACUGUAAGACUCUGGUACGGCUCAGCUGUGCGGCUUGACCACAUAUCAGUAGUGCUAGCAAAAAACUCCACCGUUUUAAGUUCCGCGGCGACUUUCUCUUUGCACUUUUUGUACAGCUCCGGUAUGGCAGUCUGACUGAAGUAUGUGCGGGAGGGUAUACUGUAACGUUUAUCAAGCGUAUGUAUUAAUGCCAUGAACCCAGGCUUGGUCACCGUGCUGAGAGGCAUCAUAUCUUUGGCUAUGAACUCGGUUAUUGUCCGAGUGAUUUCUCCGUGCCGUUUUGAAUUACGUUCAUACGGAGUGACACUUUCGAACAUUUCUGUCAGUGAUCCCUGUCUUGAGGUAUUUGGCUUGUCUCGCGCACUGAUGCUCGGCAUUUUGGUCAUACAACUGUCAUGCAUUGAUUUGUGGUACUUUUUUAAGUGCUGAAACAGGUUUGUAGUGUUACCCCGUGAAGUAGCAAUCGGAGCACGGCAUGCUCUGCACAACACCUGACGCUGCUCAGCAUCUUCUUUUUUAAAACCAAAAUAGUUCCACACCACCGACGUGCUGUUCCUCUUCGAUAUUAAAGUAUCAGCUGUGUCAGUUUCUGACUGUUCCGUCGAGCAAGAGGCCAUUGCGCUGGACAGCAUGAAAAGUCGCGUCACGUGACCACCUCAAAUCGCGCACGUUGCGAUUAGAAAAUCGCGUUCAGUCAAAUCGCGAUAUUAUCGCGAAUGCAAUUAAUCGUUCAGCCCUACUCUCAGAUACUCUUUAUUUCUGUAUCUCUCUAAUGGUGGGUCCCGUGUGGCUCAGUAGGUAGAGCAUGGUGCUUGCAAUGCCAGGUUUGUGGGUUCAAUUCCCACAGUGGGACCAGUACAAAAAUGUAUGCACUCUCUACUUACUGUAAGUCUCUGUAAGUAUUAGAUUUACAUUUGGUGAUGGCUUUUGACUUUGCUUGUCAUGCUGUGUCUCUCGCUCUUUCAGGUGCUGCGGAAAAACCCUAUACAGUAGAGGAUGCCAUCUUUUACAAUGAGUUGGACUAUGUAUCUGUGAGUUGUCUAUACUGCUGGGCUAUCUUGUCUAGUGAUUGUCAUUGUUGUUUCUUGUAAUGUCACAUAGUUGUAUUUUCUGCAAGGGCGCUAUAGUUUUUCUUCAAGGUUAGCUUGAAGGUUGUCUUGGUCAAUGUUUAGCUUCAGGGUAAUGCUAGAUCCUUAAAUCACAAGGUUCAUGAGGUUAGAUGGUUCAUGAGUUUACUAGGUUCAGGUCGUUCUAGUCGUUGUUUAUGUGAAUUCCAACAUGGCCAACAAUCACGCAACCAAUUUGAAAGCCAUUGUCUCUGUGACUGUCUGUCAUUCAACUUCAACAUGUUCAAAAACAAAUUGUCGGUCUUAUAUGGACAAAUGUGUAGCGGCUGCAAUUUAACAAAGUAAAAGCCCAAUUCUUAUUUUAUGGAUUACAGUUAUGGAAUUGAUUUUCCAAAUAGUGUGGAUGCCACCAUAUAAUUUUAGGCUAUGAAGCACUUUGGGCUGUAUAAUGGAAGUGCAUGAAAGAAGCCUUAACAAUUUAAAAGUUGGCUUUUAUAUAGCACAUUUGCUUCAAGACCAUCACCUAAAAAGCUGAUUGACAGAAGAAGGAAAACAACAAGAAGGAAGAGUUAUUGUCAAUGUCCAGUCCGCUCAGUUGUGCUGUGAUAUUGUCCCUGUCCGUCUCUCAGGUGGGCGUGGACCAGCAGACGAUCAUGCUGGUCUGCACCAACAGACGACGCCAGUUUCUCCUGGACACAGCCGACUCCUCGUUGACUAUGUGAGUGCUUCCUCUCCUCUGCCCUGCUCUCCUUCUCCCUGGCGGCAUCUCCAUAGUCUAAAGUGGCAUCUUCUCCCAUUUCCUUUCCUCCAUCUGCUCUGACACUAAAGUGCUGGACCGGGAAAGCAAGUUCCUAGUUGGCAUGCUCUCACGUAGCUCAUGUUUUCAUAUCAGAAUGGAUGAAGGAGAGGAGACCAGUAGAAGAAGUCACUCUUUAUCCCUCCCUCUCUUUUCUAAUCCAGCAUGCUCUCUUUUUCUUUAUCUCUCGAUCCUCCAGCUGGUUCCUGGCAGCCCUGAAGUCAGCCAUGAUAAAGGGGUGCAGGGAGCCUCCUUACCCCUCAGUGCUGACCGACGCCACCAUGGAGAAACUAGCCCUCACUAAGUUUGUCUCCCAGGAGUCUCAUUGUAAGGUGAGGAACACAGAGAUCUAGCUAGGCCUGCACACUUCCAUAAUUUCUCAGGCGCAGUCAUGUAAAAUGAAAGACAAAUGUCAUGUUGAAAAAUGCCUGGAUACUGAUUUAUGCUAAGAAGUGAAGUAUUAUUUUGAUUGGAAUAAAAUUACAAUAGGCACUUAACCCUCAUCAAUUAUGGAUUACAUCUGAUGGAGUGGUUAUAUGCAUCAGUCAUAGGCAUAGCCAUGACUAGCCGUAGACAUCACUAGCUCAGUCAUAUGUGUUCUACAGUAUAUAUACUCAACACAUGUACAACAAUGAGUAAUAGACAAAUUAUAGAAUUGUUUAUUGACACUGUGUGUCUCUGUAGGUGUCUGAAGUGGUCAUCCGCAUGUAUUCUUUGGUCCACUGGGAGGACCCCAUGGAUGUGACUCUGGCCCCCCAGACAGCCUUG